AAGCGGGCUUGUGGUAAGCCCACCAUGGAUAGCGCGCACGCCAAGCCGGUGUCCGAGGUGCUCCGACACUUCGAGGUGAAUGAGAACUGCGGGCUGAGCAGCGAGCAGGUCCGGAGGAGCAGAGACAAGUAUGGACCAAACGAGUUACCAGCUGAAGAAGGUAAAUCUCUAUGGGAACUAGUAGUGGAACAGUUUGAAGAUCUCUUAGUACGGAUACUUCUCCUAGCUGCAUGUGUAUCUUUUGUACUGGCAUGGUUUGAGGCAGGAGAAGAAACUACAACUGCCUUUGUGGAGCCUAUAGUUAUUGUCAUGAUCCUAAUUGUAAAUGCGUUCGUAGGCGUUUGGCAGGAAAGAAAUGCUGAGAGUGCCAUUGAAGCUCUGAAGGAAUAUGAACCAGAAAUGGGAAAAGUAAUCCGUGGGGACCGAAAUGGAGUUCAGCGUAUAAGAGCCAGAGAUAUUGUUCCUGGGGACAUUGUGGAGGUGGCAGUUGGUGACAAAGUGCCUGCUGAUAUCCGCAUCAUCGACAUCAGAUCUACAACAUUGCGCGUGGACCAGUCGAUUUUGACCGGAGAGUCUGUUUCCGUGAUUAAACACACAGACCCAAUUCCAGACCCUAGAGCUGUUAACCAGGACAAGAAGAAUAUGUUAUUUUCUGGAACGAACAUUGCUGCUGGUAAGGCUGUUGGAAUUGUAAUUGCAACUGGCGUUUACACAGAGAUUGGAAAGAUCCGGAAUCAGAUGGUUGCAACAGAACCAGAGAAAACCCCUUUGCAGCAGAAACUGGAUGAAUUUGGACAGCAGUUAUCUAAAGUAAUCUCUUUGGUCUGUGUGGCUGUUUGGGUAAUCAAUAUCGGGCACUUUAAUGACCCUGUGCAUGGAGGAUCUUGGUUCCGUGGAGCUAUUUACUACUUUAAAAUUGCUGUGGCUCUGGCUGUAGCUGCUAUCCCAGAAGGCCUCCCAGCUGUGAUCACCACUUGUUUGGCCCUCGGUACACGUCGGAUGGCUAAAAAGAAUGCAAUUGUGAGAAGCCUUCCAUCAGUGGAAACUCUUGGUUGUACGUCUGUCAUCUGCUCUGACAAAACUGGCACCUUGACUACCAAUCAGAUGUCUGUAUCUCGGAUGUUUGUAGUUGAGAAGAUUGAAGGAACAAAUUGCAGUCUUCAUGAAUUCGGCAUCACUGGCUCUACCUAUGCCCCAGAAGGUCAAAUCUUGAAAGAUGAGCAUAUUGUUCAGUGUGGUCAGUAUGAUGGUUUGGUGGAAUUGGCUACAAUCUGUGCCCUUUGCAACGAUUCAUCUUUGGAUUUCAAUGAGUCAAAGGGAGUAUACGAAAAGGUAGGGGAAGCAACAGAGACUGCUUUAACCUGUCUGGUGGAGAAAAUGAAUGUCUUCAACACUGAUUUGAGCAAGCUUUCUAAGGUGGAACGAGCCAGUGCCUGCAAUUCAGUAAUUAAGAAGCUGAUGAAGAAGGAGUGUACCUUGGAGUUCUCUCGAGAUCGGAAAUCCAUGUCUGUGUAUUGCAGCCCCCUCGGUCCCAGUGCUGCAACAUUUGGUACAAAGAUGUUUGUUAAGGGUGCUCCAGAGAGUGUAAUUGAGCGUUGCAAUUUUGUUCGUGUGGGUUCCACAAAGUUACCACUAACGCCCUCUGCAAGAGAGCGGAUCAUGUCCAAGAUCCGUGACUGGGGAAGUGGCAUAGACACCCUGAGAUGCCUUGCUCUUGCUACAAAGGAUGUUCCACUAAAAUUAGAAGAAAUGCAGCUGGAUGACUCUAACAAAUUUAUCAACUAUGAGACAAAUUUGACAUUUGUUGGUUGUGUUGGAAUGCUGGAUCCUCCCCGCAAAGAGGUGUCUACUUCAAUUCAGAUGUGUAGAAAAGCUGGCAUCAAAGUCAUAAUGAUAACCGGUGACAACAAGGGCACAGCUGUGGCUAUCUGCCGAAAGAUUGGCAUUUUCUCAGACUCAGAGGACAUUACAGACAAGGCGUAUACUGGGAGGGAGUUUGAUGACCUCCCACUGGAAAAACAACGGGAUGCUUGUCGUAUAGCUCGAUGCUUUGCCCGAGUUGAGCCGGCACACAAAUCCAAGAUUAUAGAGUAUCUGCAGUCUUUAAAUGAAAUUACUGCAAUGACUGGUGAUGGAGUAAAUGAUGCCCCAGCCUUAAAGAAGGCUGAGAUUGGCAUUGCCAUGGGUUCUGGUACCGCUGUAGCAAAAUCAGCUGCAGAGAUGGUCCUCUCUGAUGACAACUUCUCCACUAUCGUGUCUGCUGUGGAGGAAGGCCGAGCCAUUUAUAAUAACAUGAAACAGUUUAUUCGCUACCUGAUCUCCUCCAAUGUUGGGGAGGUAGUCUGUAUCUUUCUUACGGCUAUCCUUGGCCUGCCAGAAGCCUUAAUCCCAGUCCAACUGCUCUGGGUUAAUCUUGUAACAGAUGGAUUACCUGCCACUGCACUGGGAUUUAACCCACCUGACCUGGACAUCAUGGAUAAGCAUCCCCGUAAUCCCAGGGAACCACUAAUCAGCGGGUGGCUUUUCUUUAGAUAUCUUGCAAUUGGAGUUUAUGUAGGCCUGGCCACUGUGGGAGCUGCCACAUGGUGGUUUCUAUAUGAUGAAGAUGGACCACAAGUGACAUUUUAUCAGCUGAGACAUUUCAUGAAGUGUACCCCUGCGAAUCCACUGUUUGAAGGAAUUGACUGUGAAGUGUUUGAGUCUCGCUAUCCCACUACUAUGGCCCUAUCUGUGCUGGUAACAAUCGAGAUGUGUAAUGCUCUCAACAGUCUAUCGGAGAACCAGUCUUUACUGAAGAUGCCACCUUGGCUCAACCCCUUGCUUCUGGGUGCAAUCAUCAUGUCCAUGGCACUACACUUCUUGAUCCUCCAUGUGAAACCAAUGCCGCUCAUUUUCCAAGUAACUCCCUUGAACUUGUGUCAGUGGAUAGUAGUCAUGAAGAUUUCAUUGCCUGUUAUUCUGCUUGAUGAAGGUCUCAAGUAUAUAUCACGGCAUCACCUGGAUGGUCUACUAGAAACUGUAGAACAGUCCUGGAAUGGGACUGCUCAGGCGAAGAUCAACAAGAGUCAAGAUCAGACUGGGAGGAAAAGAUAUCCACAACAUGCGGACAACAAUAUUUCUAAAUAACGUGUCCCAUCACCGCAGUUCAAGCUGAAGAAUCAUGCAUGUCUGAAAGCCCAAAAAAAGACAAGAUUUUCCACCUAUUAGACAAAUGCGGAUGAAAAGUAUAAAAAAAAAAAAACCACUGAGAUUUGUUUCUAGCUUUUUUUUUUUUUCUGUACAAAAAGGUGCAAUAACUGGACAUCUUUACUGUGGCUUGGGGAUAAAAUUACAUAGAUUUGGCCAUGCAGGAUUUAAACUAGAUGCUACUGAAAAAUCAGGAUUUGUUUUUUAGUCAUAUGUGUGUCAUUAAUAUGAAAUGAAGAGGUCUUCAGUGCCUGAGGGUGCUGAAAUAUACUUGACAGGGAAGCUACAACAUGCAUUGUUGGCUAGGAAACAGCAACAGCCUGUUUGUGCUGUGUGGUUUUGUCAUCGUGGAAAACAGAGGCACUUCUUACUCGGGAAUGCUUUGUGGUCAGCAUAUAUAGUUCAUAUACAACAACAUUGUUCAUUGUAAGCUAUUCUGCUCUUGCC